CGGCGGGCCACCUUAACACUAUUACAAUUAAUAAAUGGAUGAUAUAAACAAUACGUAUAACACACAGUGAUUCAAAUUGACCUUAUUUUACUUGUAUUUAUUUUGAAAUUUUACCCAACAAUCUAGCUUGUUUUUAUUUCUAAUCAGGCACGCCGUGGGCGACUAUUUCGUACCUGCGACAGCAGAUGGUGUUGCGUUGGCAGUUCUCAUGCAACUGUUUUUACUACACAAUAAAUGUUUUGGGAUUUUAAGGUUAACAUACACACGGACGGUUAAAUGUGCUCAAGAUUGAGAAUGGUUUCAUUUUCUCACAUCGUGGAAGUGCUUUAGCCUACCAAACAAGUACUUGGCGUCUUUAUUUCCACAAGAAUAUUGAGCAUAAUUUGACGGAGUAACGGAAGAGGCGAUGAGGAAAGUUAACGUGGUCAUCCUCGUGCUGCUUGCUGUGGCUUUCCUGAUCAUAAUUCAGCGAAAUCUCUUGAGCCUCAGUGACUUUUUACAUAAAGAAAUAACACAUACUGGAGCCAUCCUUCCCUUUGAGGCCGAAUUGUCUCCUGACCUUCGAGUGGAUUUGGAGAGAGAAGGGGAUGAGAUCCCUGUAGUCAUGACUGCUCCUGAGGAGAGACUUGGUGCUGCUGUGGCCGCCAUGCACAGCAUCUACCAGAACACUAAAGCCAAUGUUGUCUUCACCAUUGUUACCGUGAACGACACAGCCGAUCACCUCAUGACGUGGUUGAGUGCGCCAAGGCUAAAAAGCAUUAAAUACAAACUGGUUCUCUUCAAUUCUGAGCUGCUGGUUGGCAAGAUAGCAAAAAAAACUCAGACUCUGGAGGCUACAAAACCACUGACAUUUGCCAGAUAUUAUCUGCCUUUAUACCUGCCUGAGGUGGAGAAAGCCAUUUAUCUGGAUGAUGAUAUUAUUGUGCAAGGGGAUAUUAAAGAGCUUUAUGACACAAGUUUAAAACCUGGACAUGCAGCGGCCUUCUCCGAUGACUGCGAUUCAGCAUCCGCUAAGGGCAUUAUUCGGGGGGCUGGAACUCAGAAUAACUACAUGGGGUUCCUGGAUUUUAAAAAGGAGGCUAUUAAACAACUGGGCAUGAGAGCCAACACAUGCUCAUUCAACCCGGGAGUCAUCGUUGCCAACCUGACUGAGUGGAAGAACUUGAACAUCACUAGUCAGCUGGAGCACUGGAUGCAGCUCAACACGCAGGACGAUCUGUACAGCGAGACGUUAGCCGAGAGCGUCACCACGCCCCCGCUUCUCAUAGUUUUUUACAAGCGUCACUCUGCGCUUGACCCCAUGUGGCAUGUUAGGCACCUUGGUACUACCGGUGCUGGAAACCGCUAUUCGCCGCAGUUUGUCAAAGCAGCUAAACUCCUUCACUGGAAUGGACACUAUAAGCCAUGGGGCAGGAUGUCCGCCUUCACUGACGUAUGGGACAGGUGGUUCAUUCCAGACCCCUUGGAAAAGUUUCAUCCUGUACGAAGACACACAGCGGACUAAUAAAACUGAAAAUGUGUGAAAUGCAGCUAUCUGAGCAUGUCAAGUCAGCCCAGCCAGCAGGAACAUGCCUCUCAGAACCAUCCAUGAGAAAACCUUCCACUCAAUUCUCAAUGUACCACUGAGUUUUAUUUUAGUCAUUUUACUGAACAGUAUUUGGGGAAUACUUUUAAAAUCACACCUGCUUUAGUUCAGAUGAACAUAUGGACGUCCUAAACUUAGCUUAUUGAAAUCCUGGUGGCCAUUUGAAAAAUGACACACCAACUGUGUUGUCAUACUUGCCUCGUUGUCAAUGACAAAUCCAGCAUUGUGCCAAGUUUGAUAGACUUUAAAGUCAGAAAUGCUGUUACCUCAUUUCAAUACUUCCUGUGGAAAAUGUAUUGUCACUCUAUCUCAGUGCUUCUCAAAUAGUGGUCUUCAGAUGCCACGCUGUCGCCAUCUCCUGGUCAGCUAGUGAAAUGCUUUUGCUGUUUUUUUUCCCUCUCAAUUAAAACAAAUCAAUCAGCCA